AUUGAGUAAAGGUUAAAAAAAAACUUGCAAAGAUGAAAAUGUCAUACAUAGCAGUAGUAGUUUGUGCUAUGGUUGUGUUGCUUCUUGGUGGAGCUGAGGUGUGUAUGGCAGUGACUUGCAACCCGACGGAGCUGAGCCCGUGCGCGGCUGCCAUCACAUCGUCGAACCCUCCCACGGCCACCUGCUGCAGCAAGUUAAAGGAACAGAGGCCAUGCCUGUGCCAGUAUGUCAAGAACCCUAAUCUCCAGAAGUUUGUCAACUCUCCCAAUGCUAGGAAGGUGGCUACCACUUGUGGCUCUCCGUUCCCUAAUUGUUAGACUACUCCUUAUAUUGCGCGUCUACACAGUUAGGGGUGUCUACACGUACAAGUCCUAGCAACGUCUUCUGCCCCGAUGAUGUGAGACGUAACAAUUAUCUGCUACUUGGCUAGUUGUUCUUUCGUAUGAGAUUUAUCGAUCUUAUAUUAUACUAUAAUCUAUAUAGAGUGUGGACUUAAUUAGUGGUAAAUGGGGGACUAGUAUUGGUUAUAAUGUUCUUGUUGAGUCAUAUAUAGAGUUAUUGUGGGAAUUAAUGGCUUUUGCUAGCUUGUGUAUUUCUGUUUGCUGCUUGUAAAAUGUUUACGUGUGCUGCAUGUAAUGAGAAUAAAUUUCAAUAUUCAAUAUGUUUUCUUU